CUUGAAGCCCAGAAUGGUGGGGUCAAUUAACGCCGUCGCGUCUCACUGCUUGCGGUUCGCGUCUCCCUUGUCAACCCAUGUCAACACCAUCUGUGACAUAGUCGAAGAACAGCACCGCCGCCAACACAUCCAAACGUCGCAUGCCAUAGGUAGUCAGAGAUUCCAAAAGCGACAAAGACCAUGCCCGACUCCCAGACCCCCGCGCAACAGCGCUCCACCUCCCGCCCUCGCACCCCCAACCGACCAACAACCCCCCUCCGGCCCUCCUCACGUUCCUCCCUGCGCGAAUCCGCCCGCGAAUCCAUCCAUGGCCCCAGCGCUUCCUUCCCCUUAAACGCCUUCGAGCCGGCCUUCGCCGAGCUGGCCGACGCCAUGGCCGACCUCGAAGCCAACAUAAUGCAUUUCCAGCUGAUGCACGAGAGUCUGGCGCGGUUCAGCGAGGACUUUGCCAGCUUUCUGUAUGGGUUGAAUAUGAAUGCGUUUUGUGUGGAUUUUCCCGAGGGACCGUUGACGGAGAGCUUUAAGAGGAUGAAGGAGAAGGAGGAGAGGGAGGUUGCUGCUGGUGGUGGUGGGUCGGGGCAGCAGGGGCAGCAGGGGCAGAAUAUGGAGACUGGGAUGGGGACGGGGAAUGGGGCGACGACGACGGUUAAGCAGGAGAGGGAGGGGUUUGAUGGGGAGACUACUUUUAUGACCACCGAUACUUCCUUCGUCGAUAACCCGACUUCCAACAUCUCUGGUCCUACACCGCGAAAACCAUCAGUGGCGCCCAAGACACCCGCUCCAAGACAGUCGAGGGUGCCUGCGCCGUCUGGAACGACAAGAGGCACGAGCGGAAGAGGUGUUGGCCGCGGUGUUACGCCAGGUUCCCGAACGACGAGCCGCGGUGCGAUUACUAGGAGUACAUCGAACGGGCGAGUUGGUGGGAGGGGUGUGAGGUGAAGCGGGAGAUAAUACGGUUCGGAGAUUGACGCAUGUUAUGAGUAAUGAGGAUAUGACGAGAAUGAGAGAAUAAAGGAGGAUAUGGUAUCGAUACCCGCGGCGAAAGAAGCAUAAAGAUGGGCGCAAAUGGUCUCAGGGUUUUACCGGAGAGGUACGAGUGUUGGUCUACCCGUGGUCCACCAGAUCGCGCGGGAACAUCAGAAUCAAUGUCGACGACUGUACGAUCAUCCAGAUGGCGCUGCCUCGAG